AUGUUGCCAUAUUCCAUGUUCUUGUUGUGUUUGGUGGCUGUUGCCGCCGUUGGAAGUGCUGCAGAAGCGCUGGUCGUGCCCCCCGCCAUGCUGGCUUUAAUGAUAUCAUCAGUCGGGCCUCAGCCAGUGCGGGUGCACCGGCCAUUUUGGAACCGACCGGCCUCGCCCGCGAUGACGAUAAAGAAAGUAGAUAAAGUGGAUCUAAAAUUGUAUUAUGAAAGUCUGUGUGAGCCCUGCAGAACGUUUCAUACAAAACGUUUGGACCCCGUGUUCAAGGAAAUCGGAUCUUACAUCGAUCUCAAACUGUAUCCAUAUGGAAAUGCUGAAAGGCAUGAAAGACAUGGUAAAACCAUAAUAGUCUGCCAGCAUGGAAAAAAGGAGUGCUACGGGAACAAGCUCCACGCCUGUGCUAUGUAUAAACUGAAGGACAUUCAUGUAGCGUCACCUUACAUCUCCUGUAUGAUGAACGGUACGUGGGGAGGAUACGGAUCCACUGAUAUGGACGCCACAAAGUGUGGAGAUUUAAUGAACAUCGACUCAAAGCCUAUCAAGGAAUGCGCUAAAGGUAAAAAGGGGGAAGAACUACUAGAAUACUACGGCAAAGAGACUGAUAAGAUCACAAAACAAGGCGUACCUCAUGUGUUAAUAAAUGGCGUGAAGUUUGACACGGACGACGACUUGAAGAAGGCAAUAUGCGAAGCUUUGAAAAAUCCGCCAUCUCAAUGUAAAACUAAACUAAACAUUUUGUCUAAUAUUCUCUGAAUUUGGUGGAAAUAUAAUUGUACCCUU